GGGAGACAGGGCCCCGCGUCGAAGAGCGCGCCGUCCAGGCCUGGGCUCGUCCUGACCACUGGCGGAGGCCCCGUCUUGUCCAGAUCUCUGGGGCCGCGGCGGGGGGCUUCUCGCGGGUAGGAGUAAGCGAAUGGGCGGCUCCCGUCGCUAGCGAGGCCCCGCGUGGAUGUCCCCGCGUUUACCGUCCUCCCAGCCUCUCCGCCCUGCACGUUGGCUCUCUUCUGGUCGCUGCCAGGACGACACAGUGUCCCCGAGGGCAGAGCAGCCUCGGAGUCGGGAGUGCUGGGUACAUCGCUUGCUCGCUGCCCGAAUUUUCCCUGCUCGCUCAGCGCGGCGUCUGUGCUUCCGGGGUUUGGAGUCUGCAAGAGCUGUUGUCAACAACCAUUCUCCAUGAGCAAUAAAUGAUCAAGUCGUGAUCCAGAGAGGAGCCUUUAUUUUUGGCGGACUACCCUUUACUAGGAAUGAAAACGUGACUCCCAGGACAAACAGACCUACAAUUCCUGGUGUGAUGAGGAUGUGGGAAUUGCUGUCCUGAAUUAGAAAAGCAAGUCAGUGAGUGUGGGCCCUGGCCCUGUUCAUCAGCGAUGAGAGAGAUGGAAGCCUUAAAUUCUGGGGAUAAAAAGAGGGUCCUUCCCACCUGGAUGACAGCCCAGGCGCCGGAGAAGAGAAUGAGGCUGGUGAAGACCCCAAAGAGGAGCAGAAUGGCCGCGGUGCCAGCGGCUGCAGCCAGACUUCCCGUGGGGAAGACUGUGUACUGCAUGAAUGAAGCCGAACUCGUCGACGUUGCUCUCGGGGUCCUGAUUGAGAGCCGAAAACAGGAAAAGGUCCCGGAGCAGUCGCCUCUGGCAGGCACUGAUAAGCCAGAGCUGUCCCCCACCUGCUCAGAGUUGCCCAGCUCCGGGAGCGCGAGCGAGGACGAGGACAAUGGAAGAGGUGCCCUUCCCCCAGGCCUCAGCCCUUCUCAGGGGCCUCCAGGCUCGGGCUCUGCCUGCCACAGAAGCGCCGAGGAAGAGGAGGAUGUGUUCAAGUACGUCAGAGAGAUAUUCUUCAGCUAAAGGAUGGCUUCCCAGGACUGUGUGUCCGGAACUGCUAAAGGAAGCUGGGCUUUCUCCCUGAGGGCUGCUCCCAGCUCCACACCCUUGGGCUGCGGGGAUCGACCUUGGAGCAGGGAAGCAGGGCCUUGGGAAGGAGCUGCCAUUAGUAUUCCUCUCUGCACCGCGUCCUCUCCCAGCUCGGGGGUCUGCAGUCCCACUUGUCUGUUGCACUCAGUGACCAGAUGGCAGGGAAAAUGAGGUGGUGGUGGUCAAACCUCCUGGCAUUAAAGAAUCAAGUUAAUAAUUUUCAAACAAAAUAAAGGAUGGCUGCUAAGUACACUGGAAUCCUUCAGUUUGGUCAGCACUGUCUCUCCCUGGGAGGAAGCCUGGUUUAAAAAUAGUUUCCCUCCCAAGGCAACCCGUGCAUCCUUGAGCCCUCCCCUGUCGGCCCUGAGACAGGCCUCCUCCCCUGAG